CAACGUUACGAGGACCAGUUACGACAGCAGCAACUCCUGAAUGAAGAGAAUUUAAGGAAGCAAGAAGAAUCAGUUCAGAAGCAGGAAGCCAUGAGGAGAGCAACCGUGGAACGGGAGAUGGAACUGCGGCACAAGAACGAGAUGCUGCGGAUCGAGGCCGAAGCCCAAGCUCGCGCCCGGGCUGAGCGGGAGAACGCGGAUCUCAUCCGGGAACAAAUACGGCUAAAAGCAGCCGAGCACCGUCAAACCGUGUUGGAUUCCCUCAAAACAGCUGGGACUCUUUUUGGACAAGGUUUCCGUGCCUUUGUUACCGAUUGGGAUAAAGUAACAGCCACGGUGGCUGGAUUGACUCUUCUGGCCCUUGGGAUCUACAGUGCCAAAAAUGCCACUGCUGUGGCUGGGCGGCAUAUCGAAGCUCGGCUGGGCAAGCCCUCUUUGGUGCGGGAGACCUCUCGGAUUACCCUGCUGGAAGCCCUCAAACAUCCCAUCCAGGUUGGGAGGCGGCUGACCAGCAAAGCUCAAGAUGCUCUCGAAGGAGUCGUCCUCAGCCCAAAGCUGGAGGAGCGGGUGCGAGACAUAGCCAUUGCGACACGGAACACGAGGAAUAACAGAAGCCUGUAUCGGAAUAUCCUCAUGUACGGACCCCCAGGGACUGGGAAGACCCUUUUUGCUAAGAAAUUAGCCAUGCAUUCUGGCAUGGAUUAUGCAAUCAUGACUGGUGGGGAUGUCGCCCCUAUGGGGCGCGAAGGUGUGACUGCCAUGCACAAGGUCUUUGACUGGGCCAACACAAGUCGGAGAGGACUCUUGCUGUUUGUGGAUGAAGCUGAUGCAUUCCUGCGGAAAAGAGCAACAGAAAAAAUCAGCGAGGACCUACGAGCAACACUCAACGCUUUCCUCCAUAGGACAGGGCAACACAGUAACAAGUUCAUGCUCGUCUUAGCGAGCAAUCAGCCGGAGCAGUUUGAUUGGGCGAUCAACGACCGGAUUGAUGAGAUGGUCCACUUUGAGCUGCCGCGUUUAGAAGAGCGGGAGAGAUUGGUCCGGAUGUAUUUCGACAAGCACGUCCUCCAGCCAGCCACUGAGGGCAAACAGCGCUUAAAACUAGCCCAGUUUGAUUAUGGAAAAAAGUGCUCGGAAAUUGCCAAGCUGACAGAAGGCAUGUCUGGGCGGGAGAUCUCACAGCUUGCGGUGGCUUGGCAGGCCGCAGCCUACGCCUCGGAGGAUGGUGUCCUGACGGAAGCCAUGAUAGAUAACCGGGUAGCAGAUGCGGUUCAGCAACACAGACAGAAGAUGGAGUGGCUAAAAGCUGAAGGCAUGGAGGCAGGCAAGAACCAACCACUGCCGCUUAUGCUGGGGAAGAUUGCAUGAAGGGCCUCGGAGAGGGGCAGAGAGAGACCCCAGACCUUUAGGUGGGAUUCGGAGAUGAAGGGAAGAUGCAUCUCACCCCAGAGGCCUUGUGUCACUGGAAUCACGCGGAGGAGAGUGCAGAAUGUCCCGCUGCUUGAAGGAGGCCAAGGUUCGGAGUUCAGGAACCAUUUCCUUGAUUUUUUUUUAAAACGGGGGACACUUGGAAUAAUUAUGGGCAUGUGGGUCUGUAUCACAUAAACCAAUAAAUUAAAAGAGAAUCCCUUUGCCAAAGGACAAUCAACAUUUUGCAAGCUGGUUUCCUUGGUUUGGAGCUACUGGUUGUAUCCAGCUUUCAAAAGAGAAAUGGGUAAUUUCACUCAGCUAAUGUAGCGGGUAAGGCUCCCGCAGUGAAGGUCCACCCUUCUCCCCUGGCACUAUGUGAGAUCCGCAUUGCCCUGUGUGUCUCUCUGCUUCCAUGAGAUCUAGAAACUUGAGAGGUGCUUUUCCAAAAAAGGCAGGACUGGCAAUUAAAAAAUUAAAAGCCAAAUUAGAAAAUGGGCACAUAGCCCAUUGGUUAGCCCCUUAUCGAAAUCGUUACCUGCUCGUGCCUGGUUAUAUUUUGCCACCUUCCAAAGACCUCUAAAACAGGCUAGGUUGGAAGAGAGAACUUGAAGUCAAAAGGGUUUUCCUUUUGCUGGGGAUUGAAGGGUUUCUCUUUCUAGUCAAAACAGGUUUAAGGCACCUGUUUGGCUGUUAAUGAAGAAACCUCCUUCAGCUGAAACAGAUGGUCAUUCCCUGCAAUUGGAAACAAAAACACUACUGCUCUAUCUGUGUCUGGGUUCUUCCAUUUUGCUUCAUUAGUUAUUGCCCCCAGAGCUGGAGAAAUCAGCUGAAAUGCCUUCCCUGCGGGCAGGCAGGGCUCUCGUCUUCCAUCUUCCCCAUUUUCUGGUUUGCCCAGGCUGCGAGGAGGGAUAACAUGCUUUGUUCAGCAGUCUGAUCUCUUGCCAUUUUCAGAAUGAGGGCAUCAGCUGCCAGCAGCCAACUUCUACUUUAGGAGAAGAUCUAGAUAACAAGCCUCACCAAAGGCUGCUGGAUACAAUUUUGUUUCUAACCCACUUUGACGAGGAAGAACAAAUCUGUUCAGCAGGGGCCACCAAAUAAAUAUAGGACCCCUCUUCAGGAGAGGGGAGAAAGCAGCAUCCUGCAAUCCACACUCACCAAAUACCAUUAAGGCUAUCAGUCAACCCAGUUACUCAACCCCAAGAAGUUUAGUCAUGAAGUUUCUCCACCCCGAUUAAUUCAUUUGACCUCUCUAGUCCUCCAAGAAAAAGAGUUGGAGAUCUGGAGAGGCUGAAAAGGCAGCCUCUCCCUUACAGAACUGAACACUUUGCAGCACAGAACACCCCUCUUAAACACCGAUUGGCUGCAAUGGGGCUGAGCCACGCCUACUGCUGCUGCCUGGCCAAUGGGAAGCGACUAGUAAUUUGCUGUAAUUUUGCCAAGAGGGGCCAAAAUGGCGGCAAACUGGCAGCUGAGGAAAGAAGCUCCUGGCUUGUGACUGGUCUCCCUCCUUCUGGCUCAGUCUCUGCGGCCUAAAAAUGCCCUCAGAGGCAAGAAAAGGACCCAAACCAGUCCCAGUAAUGAGGCUGGGGCCCAUAAUCCCAGUAAAUCAGAAACAGACAAGGGUUGUCUCCUCUCUCCUCACCACAGAGACCCACAAAACGUGAGUAACUAAUUUAGGAUCCCCUUCACCCCCUCAAAAAUACAACACAAGCCAGGAACAGGACAGGCCUCCUCCCCGACCUUCCCAAGCUCCAGCCCAAGUAACAAUCCAGAGCAGGGAGGGAGUGGAGAUAGUGUCCCCUGGAAUUGGGCAGCCAAUACAUUUAAAU